UAGGUGGCCUCAUUGCGCUCGUGCUAAGAUAAAGUCGGGAGACUGAUUUGUUGCUUCAAUCCCGUGUCGCGGCCCCGUUGAAUUCCCAAGUGCUUCAGCCGUCACGGUCGAAGGAGUAGCACCUUGGGACUGGCGCCAGCCAAAGAACCUCGACCCUAACGACACUCAGCCUCGUUUUCCUCUUCUUAUAUUUCCCUUCUUUUGAAAUUCGUGCCUCGAGGUUAUGAUCGUCCCGGGUCAUGGAACCUGCCGCCUACAUCAGCGUGGGUUUCGAAGCAAGUGCGACGACCGGGAACGCCAUUCGACGGCUUCCGUCUUCUAAACGACUGGUUUCGUCCUAUUGUACAACCGGCCGUCAAGCCUCCGUCAAACCGCCAGUUACCCAUCAGUGGCUCCUCGAACAACCCCCUUCAGUCGUCAGCCUCUGAGCUCGUAGUAAGGCGUAGAAUGCCUCUGCAUAGUAUGGUGUCCUUUGAAGGUCACGGACGGCUCACCUGAUUCGCUCAAAUUUCUCGACUGGAAAUUUGUGUUCUGCGACUUUUCCCACCUCAUCGUGGGGCAUGUCGCCUAACGGAGUACUAACGUUAUUAACGUUAUUAAUGUUAUUAACGUUUUUUUCUUGGAGGCGCCUUACGCACUCUCUCUGUCGCCUUAGCUAGUAAGCUCGCGGCAGCAGUAGCCGCGGAAUUUCGCCAACCCCGGGGACUUUCCUCGCGAAAGACGCUGAGAGUUGAACGGUUACUAUGCUCGCCGGGGUUCUAGACUUCACGCUAGUAGACACCGACGCCUCUAGAGGGUUAUGCGCGCCACUGCAGCAGCGACAACCGCCGCACGUCUAGGCAACGGCACGGGUGCGAGCGGCGACGAGCCGUUAUCAUCAUCAUCAACGUCUUCCCGCAUGCGCGCGAAUUCCAUGUCGUUAGUCUUAAUCCAGGAGCCGUCGCAGGCAGACCCGAAGCACCUGGAUCUUAACUGGAUCGACGCGCGGGUCGAUCCGUCGCCGUUCAGACACGGCGACCAGGUGGCUUCCGCGGGAAAUGCGCGGAAUUCUGGGGGGAGAUGGGGGACAGCGCACGCGCGGGAGGGCGCGGAAGGGGGGCGGAGGAUAGGGGGCGGAACGGCGGAGCAGAAUGUGUAUUGGAGCGCGGUGGGGAAUGCGGAUUCAAGGACAGGCGCAGGGUUAGGCGCAGGGAAUGCAGUGGUGGCGGUCGCUGCUGCGCCUGGUUCGGGUGUAGGCCCGGGAACAGGCUCGGGAAAGCAUCGGAGGUAUGCGUCAGUGGACGUUCGGCGGGGAAUGGAGGAGGACCUGUAUGACGUGGCAGUCUUUGACAGGGUGGAAGGGCCGGUGUCAGGGAAAGGUGGAAUGUCGGUGGGACGCCGAGGGGAAGUCGGGUACACCAGCGCCAAGAACGCAGGAGCAAAGGCGGGACGACCGGGGGAAGCUGGGGAUUGGGAGGAGGCGGCGACAUGGGAGCAGGAAGAGGACGCGGGUGAGGAGGAGUACGAGGACAGGGAGGGGACGAGCACCCAUCUAGAGCAGCACCAGCAGCAGCAGCAGCAGCGUUACAGACCCGCCCGUUCCCUGCCGUUGUCCAUAGCACGAACGGCAGGCGCCACCACGGCUGAUCACAACCCCAGCGCGGCGCUCCCCCAAGGCCCCUCGGACGGCUCCCCCACCGCCUGCCACGUGUCCUAUGCGCCCUCCGCGUCUCUCCCUCCCCUCCGCUCGUACCACUCCGGACACGCCCUCCUGCACGCGGGGAGAGCGCGUGAAGGGGGGGAGGCGGAGAGCAUGGGCGGAAGCCAGGGAUGGGGGGAGGAGCGACGGGGGGGGAGGCGGCCGCGCACUGGGGAAGCGCGUGCGGUAGGGGAGGGGCGAUCAGCGGGGAGAAACUAUGGGGCUGGGGGUAACGCGGAGCAGGCAUGGGGGCGUGGUGCCCCUGGCGAGGGGAGUGAAGAGGUGCACGUCGAACAAGGGCAGCUAGGGAAGUGGCAAGGGGAGCGGCAAGGGCAGGGGAAAGGGCAGGGAAAAGGGCGGAGGCAGGGGCCGGCGGAGUCCGAGGGGAUGGCGCGGGGGCAUGUGGGGAGGCGGCAUGGGAGGAGGGGGAGCAUUGCGUGCAGCGCGGAGCUGCGGGGAUUGUCUCUGGAGCAGGAACUGGUGAACGAGAUGGCCAUGCAGCAGCAGCAGCACCAGCAGCAGCAGCAGUGGGCGGAGGCGGAGGUGGUGCGGGGAAGAGGCGCGCUGGCGCAUGCGCGCAGCAUGGGCGCGGCUGCAGUGGCGGCAAUGGGUGAGGGUGUUGCAGAGAGAGCAGGGGCAGAGAGAGCGCGGCAGGGUCCUAGUGUGGACUUGCAUCGGCAGAAGUCCCGAGUGCGGUGGUUGGUGGAGGGCGAGAGUGACGCAAACAGCAGCAGCAGCACGCGGAGCCCUGGGCGAGGAGGAGCGAGGGGGGGGGGAGGUCUAGGGGGUCUGGCACCAAGUGACUCGGGGUCAGGGCGAGAGAGGGGGAGAGGGAAGGAGAGGGAGAGGGGGAGGGGGGGGGAGAGGGAGAGGAAGAGGGAGGCGGAGAGGGAGAAGGGUUGUGAGUCGAGCCAGGAGCGAGAUGAAGCAGUGUCACUAUGGCUUACGCAAAGCAGUGAUGGGUACACAGAGGGCGAUGGGGGCGCCAGCCGCAGCAUGAGAGGUGCCAGUGCUGGUGGCGCUGCUGCUGCUGGCAGUGGUGGUGGCAGUGGUGGUGGCAGUGGUGGUGCUGGUGGUGGCGUUCUGGUGUUGGACUCCAGCAACGGGGUGGAGAGUCAGUGGGCGCAGCUGGGCCGAGCCAAAGGCAGAGUGAGGCGCAGCCGCAGCCUGGGGAAAGGGGUUCUGGCGGACGUGGGGGGGGAGGGAGGGGGAGGGGGAGGGGGAGGUGGAGGGGUGGAGGGAGAAGGAGCGAGGUGUAGUGUGAGCGGAGGAGGGGAUGGAGGGGAGAGUUGGAGCAGAGGAGGGCGAAGGAAAGGGGGGCAGUCGGACGUGGAGGGUGCCAGCGAGCAGCUAUGGUCGAGGAGAGAACGAGAAAGAGGCAAGCAACGCCACCAGUAUUCUCAGCAGCAGCAGCAGCAGCAGCAGCAGUCCCCGCGGCAGCAUCUGCGGUCGAAAUCCUUCGCAUGGGGCAUGAAUGCUGACAGGCAGAGUACUAAACGAGAAGGGGACGAAGGGCACCACGGAGAAGAGGAGGAGGAGGAGGAGGAGGAGGAGGAGGAGGAGGAGGGCAGCAGUGGCGAGCAGUGCCCUGACGACUUCCGGCGUGCGCGGUCCUUGAUCCAAGCACGCGGGCGGUCCCUACGAGAAGCCGUGCUGGAGGAACCCUCUCGCCCGCAGACGGCAGGCCGGGUCAACCCCCGCCGCCACACUCGGUUUAAACUAGAAGACCUCCAAUACCAAGGGCAGGUACAAAGGCACGCGGAGGGGCAGGGGCAGGGGCAGGGGCAGGAUCAAAGGUGGGGGUUUGCCCAAUCCAAGGGUUUGUUGCCUUCCAAGGUGCGUUUCCAGGGCGUGAAAGGGACUGCUGAGAAAGAGGGAGUGGAGGGGUAUUGGAGGGAGGACGAGGGGGACUGGAUUAGCUCUCCUAGUGGAAAUGGGAGCGGGCGCAGGCACAAGCAUGAGGUGAGUACAAAGACACGAACGAACAGCGGUGAUGGCUCUGCAAGUGCUGGCGCUGCUGCUGCUGCUGCUGCUGCAGGGGAUGGUGUUUGUCCACGUUACAGCAUUAGCAGCAGCGGCAGCAGUGGCAAUAAAGGCGCCGACAGGGGACUAGCUGUGGCAGCUGUAGCAGCUGUAGCAGAUGUAGCAGAGACGGCGGCAGGUCCUGUGCUCGUUCGGCCUGUCCCAGUACCUGAAUCUGCCCCCAGCAGCAGCAGUACAGUGCACGGCUCCGAAUCAGGUGCAGCAAUGAGUGCCCGGGGUGUGGAGGGGGGAGAUUCCGUGCGAGAAAGCGGUAAAGGAGGAGGGGGAGGAGGAGGAGGAGGAGGAGGAGGAGGAGGAGGAGGAGGAGGAGGAGGAGGAGGAGGCGGGGGUGAGGAAGGGGGCAGCAAGGCGUCCCGGGUCUCGCCCCUUCGCUGGAGGUGGCCCCGAUCGUCAUCCCGCACCAGCCCCACUGCCGCUGCCGCUGCCGCCGCUGCCGCCGCUGCUGCCGCUGCUGCCACUGCUGCCACUGCUGCUGCUGCUGCUGAUGCUAGCAGCCUCCCUACCAGCCCUCUCAGUGACCCCGACCCAGGCUGUGAUUCCACCGGUGCUUGUGCUGCUCGCGCUGGGGACAGCAGCCCGGUGUCCCUGUCACCACUAGAGCAGGGAGGUAGCGGUAGGCUGCUUUCUGAGGGUUCUCAAAAUGAUGGAGGGAGUGGUAGGAGGGAAGAGAACGGAAGCACGGGGGGGAGGGAGGAGUGCGAGUGGGGGGGCAAGGAUAGGGCGGGGGAGGGAAGGGAGAAGGAGAGGAGGAGGGAGAUGCCAGGGGAUUCAUCAGUGGGGUCCUCGCAGUCUGGCCGAGUGUCCUUCUGGCGCUCUGCCCUUGGUCUCAAAGGCUCUGCUGCUGCUGGGGGUAGCGCUGCUGCUUCUGACAGUGCAGGAGAGGGGGAGAGUGGGGGAGGUGCAGCAGGAGAGGCAUCAGCUGGAGCAGUAGCAGCAGGCUCGCCUGGCAGUCACAGAGGGCGCUCCCUAAGCCCCUUGCUUGGCAGCCGAGUAGGAGGAGGUGGGGGAGGAGGGGGAGGUGGAGCAGUGGGAAGGAUCGGAGGGUUCACGGAAGCAGCAGCAGCUGUGGUGGCGGAAAGCAGUGUGACAAAGGGCGGAGAGAGGGGAAGCAGUCGGGUGGUACACAGGGAAGCAGCAGCAGCGGCAGGCAGAGGAGGAGGAGGCGGAGGAGGCGGAGGAGGAGGAGGAGGGGGAGAAGGAGAAGGAGAGAGUGGCAAUACUGCUAGGGUGCACUCCCAAAGCCGUCCCGGCAGCCCCAUACCCUCCGGCCUGUUCAGGUUCAUGCGGUCUCCAGGCAAGGCAGCGCGCAGGGGGCAGUCGUUUGAGUGCCUGCCGUUCCUGGCCACCCUCGCUUGCUCCGACGCCCACGCCAUGCUCGACUUGAAUGGUGAUGGCAGCAGCGACGCGUCUGAAGGGGAUGCUCACGAUGAUCCUGCUGCUGAUGCUGCUGCUGCUGAUGCUGCUGCUGCUGAUGCUGCUGCUGCUGCUGCUGCUGCUGCUGCUGCUGCUGCUGCUGCUGCUGCUGCUGGUGCUGGUGCUGCUGGUGCUGCUGGUGGUGGUGGUGCCACUGCUAGUGCUACUGCUGGUGGCGGUGUUGGUGCUGCUGCGGGCUGUGUCAAGGGUGGUGAUGGUAUGAGGGACCAGGGGACGGGAAGUGGAGCAGAGUCGGGGAUGGGGGCAGGUUCACUGGACGAUGAUGGUGAGGAAGGGAGUGUGGUGGAGAGGGAGAGUGAGGGAGAGGAGGGGAGUGUGAAUAUCAUGGAAGGCCAGGAGGAGAGGGAGGGGGAGAGGGGGGAGGCAGGGGAGGAGGGAAGAUGGGAGGGAGAGGGGGAUGAUGGUUGUGUGUCCGAAGGAUUAGGCGCUGGUGGAUACUUUGGCAUGCACGAUGGGAGAACGAGAGGUGAGGGGGGCAAGAGAGGCGCGGUGAGAGUGACAUGGCAAGCUCUUGAAGCGGGGAGGGAGGCAGCAGGGGAGAGAUGGGGGGUGGCGGAGGCCAGAAGCACAAGCCGUGGGAAGAGGGAAGGUAGGAGAGAGGUGAGGGGGGAGAUAGUGCAGCGAGGAUGGGUGAGUGGGAGUGAGGUGGGAGACAUGUACCCUGUGUGUGUGGAGGGUGGUGAGAUGGCAGGGAGUGCGUGGGUGGAGAAUGGGCGGGUGGAUGGGCGGGGGGUAGGGACCGGAGAGGACGAGGAGGAAGCGGAAGACGAGGGGCUGUUUGAGCGGGCGAAUAGCGACCGGACAGCAAGGCGCGGUGGUGGAGAGAGAGAGGGCGGGCGGUAUGGUGGCAGCAGAGUGAGGCGAACCAUGAGCAUGGGCGUGGGAAGGGACAUGGGGUCGGGGAGUGGUGGCGGUGGUGGUGGUGGUAGUGGUUCGGGAAAAGGAUCAUGGAGGGAGAGGGAAGAGAGCCAGGGGUCGAGGAAAGGGCAUAGCAAGAGCAAAAGCAGCUUGGGUGCAAACAGGAGUCGUCGUGGGGAGAAGGCUCGGGGCGAGAGAGGGGAGGGGAGAAGGAGAAGUGAAGAGUGGGGAGGGGAGGAGAUGGAGGGAGAGGAAAGAGGAGGUGGGUGGGGGAGAAGAGGGGUGGGAGCAGUGCAGGAGGAGUGGCCGCCAGAGGUGCCUGUCUUUGAGGUGCCUCACAAGCAGCAAGAGGGGCAGCGAGAGUUUGAAGCAGAGAAAGAAGAAGAGGGAAGAGCACAGGCUGCAUUGGCCGGUCGGCGGAAGCACAGCCGGGCUAAAUCCGUGUCUCAUCUGCACCUCGUGCUGCAGACGGGCACUGGUGAGGCGAGCAGCAGCGCGCAAGGGAAGAGUGGGGAAGGGGAGGAGUGGUCUGCUGGGGGGAGAGAAUGGCAGGAGGAAGGGAACAGCAAAGAGAGGAGCACGAGGGCAAGGAAAGAGGUGCGGGGUAUCGCCACUGCAAGCACCAAUGCCAGUAGCGGUGCUAUUAGCACCCAAAUCGUCAGUAACCCAAGGCGGGUGGGGGGAAAGGGAUCGGCACGCUCAGCCAGUGUUGCUGCUCCCUCUGGCGCUGGCGGUAUGGAAGCCAUGUCGUGGGAUCUCUUAUCAGGUGGAGGAGCGAGGGGGGGACGAGGAGGGGUGGGAGGAGGAGGUGGAGGUGGUGGUGGGAAGAAGAGAGUGCCAGUGGGGGAGGAGCAGGCGAUGGUGCCAGUAGUGGGCUAUGCGGAGAGCUCCCUGCCUGUGGCGACUGUCAUUCUGUCUCACUCGUCUGCUACCGCUGGUUCUCUCGCGGCCCACCUGCCGCUUGCUGUUCCCGUUGACAUGGCACUGGAAGCUACGUGCUUUACUGCUGAUUCUGCCUCUUCUGCUGCUGGGGCUGCUGUUGGUGGUGGUGCUGUUGGUGGAGGUUCUAUGGCUGGUGCUUCUCCGGAGAACUCGUUGGACAGCACCCUGGGAAGCAAGAGAACGACGAGGAGGAACACGAGCAGGUCGCGCUCCACCUCUCUCUCGCCAGUGCUCUCACCCUCUGAUGUCGUCCAAUCGCAGCAACACCCCACCCAGCAGCACCAGGACCAGCACCAGCAGCAGCCAAUGCGAGACGUACGUCCGUCCCAGCACCGAUCGCGCACUCCCAGCCCCCCGACUAUCCCCUCUCGGGCCAUCACAGCAGGCAACCCCACAACCAGCAGCACCACCGCCACCACCACAGCCACCACAGCAGCAGCCACCACCACAGCCACCAGAGGCUCUGUUUCUGGAGGAUCCAAAGCAGCAGCAGCCGGAGCAGCAGGAGGAGCCGCAGCAAGAGGCAGAGGAUCCGUGGGCACGCACCGCCGAAGCAAGUCCGUGUACCAAACCGCGGGGCUAGGUCCGGAGGAGGGCGACGUGUCGACGCCGGAGGCUCGGCAGGGGGCGAGUCUGUACGAGCGCGUGUUUGGGCUGUGCGUGAACGUGCUGGGGGCGCCAUUUGAGGAUGUGCGCGGCAAGUACCUCAUGCACAAGCGCGAGCUUGGCGAGGGGCGGUUUGGGCGCAUCCGUGCGUGCGAGUGCCGCGAGACUAAGGAGAAGGCCGCGUGUAAAACAGUCAGCAAGAGGAACCUGCGGUGCCAGGCGGAUGUGGAAGAUCUGCGGCGCGAGGUGCAGGUGCUGCGCAUGCUGAGGGGCCAUCCACACAUCGUGCAGCUCUACGACGUGUUUGAGGACGCUGAGGACGUGCACAUGGUGAUGGAGAUGUGUGCGGGCGGGGACCUCUUCGACCGGGUGAAGACACGCCUGUUCUACUCGGAGCGCAACGCAGCGAGAGUGCUGGCAGUGCUGGUGGGCGUGGUGCAGCACUGCCACCGCCUGGGCAUCGUGCACCGGGAUCUCAAGCCUGAGAACAUCCUACUCCUCCGCCCCGACUGCGACGUCUCUCUCAAAGUCAUCGACUUUGGCAUCUCGGGGAUCCUCUCUCCCGGCGAGCAGUUCCAGGAGCGCAUAGGGUCGCCUUUCUACAUGGCCCCAGAGGUGGUGCAGCGCGCGUACGGAUGCGAGGCGGACCUGUGGAGCGCGGGGGUCAUCCUCUACAUCCUGCUGUGCGGCCGCCCGCCCUUCUGGGCGCCCACCACGGACGGCGUGUACGACAGCAUCCGGGCCGGGCGCCUCAACUUCUCCUUCCCGCCCUGGCCCUCCGUGUCUGCCGAGGCGAAGGACCUGGUGGCCCGCAUGCUCACCGUUGACCCAGCAAAACGAAUCACGGCAGAUGGGAUUCUGGGCCACCCUUUCAUUACCUCCAAUUGUGAAGGUCAGCAGUAAGCAGCCCUGAAUAAGCCACGUGUCAAAUGGCGAACUGGAUAAGGGUGAAAAUUGUGACACACGCAUAAGAUCUGGAAUGCACGCACGGGCAGGCAGCGCAGGCAAUCCAGGGAGCAUGGCCGUGGUGCCAUGGAAUAUGGGGAGUUCAGCUCACUUCGGCUCAGCUCAGCCCAGCUCAGCUCAGCUUAGCUCAGGUGGUUGGUGCGCUUCUUCGCUCCUUGCGAGCCUGUGCUGUCCUGUGCUCAAGAAUCUCCACUCCACCACUACUGCCCAUCCACCACUGGUCACUAUGACCGAAACAUCAUUAUUUCAUUUCUUCUGUCCCCUCUUUCCCCCGAACCUGGAGCGCAUAACGCAAUGGCAGUUUGAUCUUGCUAGCUUCUUGUGUCUCGCCAGAACGAGCGGCAAUCAGUGAUUGUAAAUAGUACCGGUAUGGUGAACUGGUAGAGCUAUCCUUACCAUUCAACUGCACCAUUCUGUUGCCCGUCAGUCUUCUGGAGAUGCGAAACGUUUGGAGACCAACUGGUGAGUGGCUUGCCCCCGUGUACAUUCUACAAAUCUCGAGUCCUUGAGGCCAUUGCUCAAUAAGUUGGCAUUGAGGAGUUAGAGAAGUUAAUUGCUAAGCUCACCAUGUUAUACACAUAAACAAGAGUUUCUCCC